UGAGCCAAAUACAACCUCUAACACAGAGCCAAAAGCAGAACCAAAUACAGACCAAUCCCCAACAUUACCAUCAAGUUUUACUGAUGAGCCAAAUACAACUCCAAACACAGAGCCAAACACAGAGCAAUCACCAACAUCACCAUCAAGGUUUACUGAUGAGCCAAAUACAACCUCUAACACAGAGCCAAACACAGAACCAAAUAUAGACCAAUCACCAACAUUACCAUCAAGUUUUACUGAUGAGCCAAAUACAACUCCAAACACAGAGCCAAGCAUAGAGCAUUCAUCAACAUCACAAUCAAGGUUUACUGAUGAGCCAAAUACAACCCCAAGCACAGAGCAAUCACCAACAUCACCAUCAAGGUUUACUGAUGAGCUAAAUACAACCUAUAACACAGAACCAAAUACAGACCAAUCCCCGAAAUUAUCAUCAAGUUUUACUGAUGAGCCAAAUACAACUCCAAACACAGAGCCACGCACAGAGCAAUCACCAACAUCACAAUCAGGGUUUUCUGAUGGGCCAAAUACAACCCCAAACACAGAGCCAUCACCAUCAAGGCUUACUGAUGAGCCAAAUACAACCUCUAAAACAGAGCCAAAUACAGAGCAAUCACCAACAUCACCAUCAGGGUUUUCUGAUGGGCCAAAAACCAACCAUAAUACAGAGCAGGCACCAACAUCACCAACAUGGUUUACUGAUGGGCCUAAUACAGCCUCUAACACAGAGCCAUCACGAACAUCACCAUCAAGGUUUACUGAUGAGCCUAAUACAACACCUAACACAGAGCCAUCACCAACAUCACCAUCAAGGUUUUCUGAUGGGCCAAAUACCAACCCAAAUACAGAGCAGGCACCAACAUCACCAUCAAGGUUUACUGAUGAGCCUAAUACAACCCCUAACACAGAGCCAUCACCAACAUCACCAUCAAGGCUUACUGAUGAGCCAAAUACAACCUCAAACACAGAGCCAUCACCAACAUCACCAUCAAGCUAUUCUGAAUCAUAUGUCCAAACCACCUCCCAAUCUGUUACUGACAGUAACAUUACCAAACAACUUACCUCAGAAAACACAGAGCCACCAAAAUCCACAUUUAGUACAGCACAAUCUCAGAUCAAGAAUGUAACACAGUCUUACACACUGACAACUCCAGGUGCCCCAACUACAAGCAUGUUUGGUACGUCCACACAGCAGAGAACAACAACAAACAUUGGUUUGUAUUUCAAAAAAAAAUUUUUAAGAUUUUUUUUUUUUAUUAUUUGCUUGACCAAAAAAAAAAGUUAUGUGUUUAAAUCACACAAAACUAUAAUAUAUAGUGUUGUUGAAUGUUUUUUGAGUUGUUUCAAUAAAGGUAAAAGUAAAAUAAUUUUGUAAUUAUUUGUUCAAUCAGAGCUCUGUACCAGUCAAUGGUCAGCUUGGUCUGAUUGCCAAAAGACAUGUUCAAGGGUUAGUGUUCGCACGCGCCGAUGUUUAGACCAUGUGAAAAACUGCAACUGCGACAAGGAAGUGCUACAUCAAGGUAAAAGCUGUUUAAGUACCUGCUCAACCACAAAGUUAUUUACGCAAAGCCCAUCAACCGGCACCACCCAAAGUGUUACGAGUAGCACCAACAAUAGAAGUUCACACUCUACAACAUCAUCUUCAACACCAGAUACGUGUAAGUCGUCAACUUAAAUCUAUUUUAAAUAGAAAUUUACUACACAUGUAUCUAAUUGGAAAUCAAAUUAAAGAACUGUUACUUUUAAUUGUCAUUUUAAAGAAUAGUUUGAUUUUUUUAUGUAUUACAAUAUCUCCAUAUUUUUCUACAUAAAUACAUUUAUUUUUCUUGCCACAAAGUUAUUGUAUUUUAACAUAAUCUAUCAGGACAUUAUUUUAUCAUUUGACAAAUAUUGCCAAACUAAGAUUCUUUUUCUAUUGCAAAUAUCCAAAAGUUGAUGUGACUAUAGACUUAAUUUUGCUCAUCUCGAACGGAGCACAUUAAUGUCCUGGAUAUGUUGUAGAGAUCACAUUAAUUUUGGAGUUUUCAAUGAACCCUAAAUCCAGGUCUUUGUGAACCUUCCAAGAGGUGUACAACUUGUGUACAAGACUGUGAAAAGAGUUGUCGGAUAUUCAGAAUGAACGCAUCUUGUCAUCAAGAAGAUGAAUGUCACACAGGUGAGUCUUCCACUAUUAUUUAGCGAUUUUAUUUUUGAAAGCUUUUUUAUGCUAAAGAGGUGUAAAAGUAAAAAUAAAAUUUUGAAAUUUUUUAAAUAUUUCGCAACGCCCCUGUGAGGAAGCCGCAUCAGCCCAUUUAGAAACUUUUCACCACCCAUUUAAAGGGAUAAUUUAUUGCGCUCUUAAUCUUUGUGUAAAUGGUUUUUGUAUAGUUGAAUUGACUGUUUAAGUUCCUUUCUAUAGACGAUUUUUCACGCGGUUGCUCUUCGUUAUAUUCUCAUGGCCCUGCCCAAGGGCAGCGAGCACCCAGGGCGAUGUAGUCCGAUGUAGCAUAUAUUAUGUGAACCACUGGGCUGGACGAAUCACCAGUGGUGAAACCCCGUGUCACAUUUUGUUUACUGUAACAUAAUAUGUAAUGGACUUUGCUAAUUUUUUAUUAUUGUAAUUGANUGCAACGGAAAAGGGGGGUGGGGGGGGUUACAUAAUUAGACUUUAUUGCGUUACUGUAGUUUUAUUUAUUUACUAUUGAGAUAUUGUAUUGUACGAUUUUGAGACCAGAUUGUACGAUUUUAGGGGUUGGAGGGUAAACAGGUCUGAUAUUCUCAUUCAUUUUAAUUGGGUAAAUAUUUAAUUUUACCAUCAUAAAUUUCCUCUUUGCAAAUGGUAUCAAAGCAAUAACAUGGGAUUAAUAAACAAACAAAUAAAAAUUAAGUUGAUCACCUGUAUUGAUGUGUGCAUGACGAUCAUAAUUUAUGUAUUGAGGAUGUGAGUGCCCUGAAGGGCAACUAAUGGAUGACCAUGGACACUGCAGUCCCAAAGAACGUUGUCCUUGUUAUGACAGAAAAGGAAAGGAAAGACAUUUCAAUUGUACAUAUCUUGAUGAGACAUCAUGCCAAAUCUGGUCAGUAUAGAUAAUUAAGUUUUUCUAUUAAUUUUUUUUUAAAAUGUACUUAUUUAACCAUGCUUAACAUAGCAUACCAUAGAUUUUCAUUGUACAUGCCUUAUAGGACUAUAUACAUUUAUAUAAAUAUAUACAUUAUAAAUGCUGACUGGAUGCCUAUACAUAAUAUAUAUAUUUUUUAUUUUUUUUUAACUUAAAUACAUAUAUUUAUAGAUAUAUAUACACACAAAUCAUAUAUUUGAAGUUCUGUGUAAAAUAAUUUAAACAACUUAAUUUAAUUUUUUUUUUACUGUCAUUAAAAUAUUCACUAUGUAAAAAAAAUUCCUUUUGUUAGGAUCACUAAAAAUAUGCAAUCUUGAUUUUUUUUCAAAAUUGGAUUAAUUCUUAUUUAUCUAUUUUAAUUCGUUUCUGGCAGCAACUGGUCGGUCAUUAUUAUUUUUUCCUUAAUUUAAUUUUUUUUGCAUUCAGAAAGUUGUGUAAAUUUAAUCCAUUGAUUAAAAAUAUAUUAUCUUAUAGCUUGAACUGUUUCAAGCACUAUCAUAAAUGACAUCACACAUCUGGGGGGGGGGGGGGGGAGAGUGGGAAGAUUUUUGUGAUAUGUGAUUGGGGUGUGGGGUGGGAGGUUAAAGCAAUGUAACAAUAGUGACAUCACUUAAAAAGCAGAACAUUAUUGGAAAAAAUACAAUGAAUAACACUGAAAUACAGACAUUUUUAUAAUAUUCUUUUAUAUAACAAUUAAAGCUCACUUAAUGUUAUUUUAUUACUACGAUCAAUGAAAGAAUCAGUACAGGUAUGUAUGGUGCUAAAAAUGGCUCUUACAGGACGCCACAGGAGAGGAGAAUCUGGGUGCAGUGGCAGUAAGGGGAUUUAUGUAAAAAUGUGGAGAUGAGAGUUGAGAGUCAUAGAAUUAUGGCUACCACAUGAAGUCUGAUGAAACAGAAAAAAUAAUAAUUUGUUGGGGGGGGGGUGAUCUCAAUAAAUGUUUUAGGGUUAACCUUUUUGCAGUGCUGUAUCCCCUCUCAAUUGCACAACAAUCACUACAAACGCCCCAUCCAGCCCCACUCCUGAUAAAUAAAAUUGUAAUAAAAUUGUAAAAUUUAAAUAAUUCAAUUAUUUUAGUUUUAUUUCUGUAAUUAACUUUCUAGAAACAAGAAAAAAAUGCACUAAUACAAUUAGGGGCCAUCCUUAAAGUACAUCAUGCUCUGGAGGGGGAAAUGGGGUCAAAGAAAGUGUGACAGUUUGUCAAAUAUUUUAUAUUUUUAUCAUACAUAAAAAACUUCAACUUGACAGUGAUGUUAAAUUUUUUUGUUGUGAUAGAUGUAUUCUGACAGAAGAUUUCACUUUUAUAAAUUUAAUAGUGUUUUUACAUUAAAUUUUAAUUAUUUUUAAUUUUUUAUUUGGAAUAUGUAACAUUCUUUAAAAAGAGGGGGAGGGGGUGUCUGCAAUUUGUGACACAUUGUAAUAGAGGAGAAGGGAGGUUAAAAUUGUCUCAAAAUAAUGUGAUAUAGCCUACUUAAAGGAUGGCCCCUUCCUGUGCAAACAAAAUUUACCACAAAAACAUUACUGCUGCUAAUCAAAAUGAAUAAAAAAGGAUAAAGUAAGAAAAGAUUCAAAUAAUUGAAUUUUUAUUCCAUAGUACAAAUUUAUUUUUAUUACAUAAAUAAAAACAAUAUUUUAAUCAAAACAAAAUUUUACAAUACCUAUAUAGCAAUUUAAACACAAGACAUCUAAAGUAUUUCUCUAGCAUGGAAAUCAGCCAUUAAUGAACUCUUUUAGUGACAAUAAUGACUAAUUAAGUGAUCAUUUAGAUAACUGCUAGGGGUGCACGCUGGUAAAUUUGUACAGACUGGAGUGCAAAAGAAUUUUUAUAUCUUUUGGUCCUAAUUAAAAAAGAAAAAGGAUUCACAGUGAAUGACAUCUAGUACAAUUUUCUGUGUCUUCCGCACCUCAAGGGGUGCUUUAUGGACUGGUUAAGAACCAAUGUUAUAGGGAAAUGUUUCUGGCACAGGUGCAGCAAUUCAAUAUCCAUGGGAUAUGAUAUUUUUUUUAGUGUUUGUAGUGGACAGAGUGAUUUUUAUGGGGGUUCGCAGAGAUUUGUAAAGUAAUAUUUCAGGGUAGUGGGGGUAACUUUUGUGGACGAUUUGUGACAAAUGGGGAGGGAGGGGUCAAUAAUGGCCAUAAUUUGUGUUGUAAAAUUUAUGGAUGGCCCCUUAAUAAAAAAUUAUACUUCCCAAUGUUAAAAAAAUUAUAAUAAUGCCCCCCCCCCCCCCCCCCCCCCAAAAAAAAAGAACUUCUUAAAUAAAUGUAUGCAUGUAUAUAAUUGUUGAGUAAAGCAUUUAUAUAAUUUAAGUUUAUAGACUUGUAUAGUCUAGUUUUAAAUCACGGAUUUUUAUUACAACAGCUUAAUGUAUAUUAUAACUCUAUUUGUUUGAUUUCUCUGAUAGCAAAUGUGGGGAACAUGGAAACGUUUGCCAAGAUCAGUCAACAGGUGAAACUGGUUUACAUGUAAAGGAAUACAAGCAUAGCUCUUCGAUUACACUGCAAUAUGUUUAAUUAGAUACAUUUUGUACAUAUAUAAUCAUGUUCAUGUAGACACCUUUUAAAUAUAGUGAAAUAUUGUCAAUUUUUAGAGAAUUAUUGAAGUGAUGCACAAUCAGAAAUUAUAAAUGGGCCCCUCAAAUAUAAUUUAUUUUUAUUAUUUUGCUUUCUUUGAACUGCUUUUAUGAAGUGACAUUAAGUUUUAUCCACACAAACCAGAUUUAGAGGUUUUAUACAAAUUUGAUCAGUGGUCUCCAUGGUCUGACUGCUCUGCAUCUUGUGGAAAUGGAACAUCUUCAAGAUAUCGGUACAUUUUCUUUUGUAAUCAGAAUAUUUUUGAGCAUGAAAAGUUAAAGCAUUACAUUAAAGACUGGGACGGUUGCUUCUCCAUUAUUUUUUUAUCAUUCAAAACUUUUUUUAAUUCUUAAUAUUUUAAAGAAAAAUGCCUGAAAACACCUUAAUCAUAUUUUUCACUAUUCAGUGUUUUAUUUUCCACUGCAAACUUUUUCCACGUCGACCGUAGUAUUAUGUUUAAUAAAGAUUCUUUGAAUUGUUUUUUUUUCCAAAAGUUAUUCAAAAUAUCAAGAUAGAGGAAUGCGAAAAGAAUUUUAAUAGUAUUUUAAAAUGAAAUUCUAUAAACAAAUUUUAAUGGUAUCACAUUUAAAAUUAUUGUACUGUUUCUUUCAAGAAUUGGCCAGUACCGCAAAUGCAGCAUACGAUUGGUGGAGUCCAAAGAAUGUAUAAAUAAUGAGUGCAGGUGUCUGACCCAAAACCUUACAGUUGUCAAUGAUGGAGAUACUUACAGAAUAGAUGAGUGCAAUAUAUGGUAAUCUUUUGUUUUACUUAAAUAUUUGUAAACUCACAUAGCUUAUAUGAUUUUAUCUACUACAUUUUUAUAACACUCCAGCACUAUUAUAAAUGCAUAUUACAUUUUUUGGAGUGAUUGUCAUUGGCACAAAUAUAAUAAUAUGUGUAAAUUAUCAUAAGCAUUUAUAACUCCUCAAAGUUGCUUUAUAAAUAAUUAUAAUCAAAAUAAAUGAUAUAUUUCAUUGUAUUUUUUAAAUUUUAUUUAAUUUAACCCUCUUAGGACAGAGCCUUUUCAGGGUGUAUGUGCCAAAAAGACUGAGCACAUUUUACGAGCUCGGCACUCGCAUUGCAAAAAGAUUUAUAAAAAAUAAACAAUUCCUUUAAUAUAAUUAAAACUAUAUAUAUUCUUGUAGGAAAUUGAAUGAACUAAUACAAUCUUUAUGAAUCAAACUGAAAUAUCAACAUUUAUGCAAAUGGCCUACCCUGAUUUGCAUAAUUUAUGCAUGUAUUUUUUGUUAAACCUAAAACAAACAUGACAUGUAUCAAUUGUGUGAAUUUUUUUAUGGAUGAUGCCUGAAUAAGUCCUGACACUAAGGUUUUUGGGACACAAGGCCCAUGGAGGCCCUUCAGAUACAUCUGGCACAUAAUUAUACUCCUUUUUCCAUCCCCCUACCCUAUUUUUCAGUUGUUACAGAAACACUGUAACAGGCCCCAUUUAUGACCUAGGGACCUUGUCUUAAGCUGGAUGUUACUGAGAAAGUUGUCUGCAUAUCUGUUGGUCUCUCUCAUAAACAUUUGAGUGAUAUUUAGUGUAAAAAAUAGCAUAAAGUACUCAAAUGGUGUGCUUAUGCCUUAUUUAUAGGACCUAUGUUGUCUAAAAAUUCAGAGGGGUCAUCCCUGUCCAGUUGGGGACCCCCUAAUACUAGUAAUACUAAACCAAGAGCUCACAACAUUAGCAUUACCCUCAAUUUGAAAGUCUUCAUUAAUUUCCUGGUUGUUUUCAACAGUUUCAGUGUCAAAUUCACUGCUAGAACAUCAAAAUUACUAAGCACAGUUUGAUCAGAGUCAUUGUCAGACAUGUUCAAAUUUCACGGAGUAACUACACACACAACACAAAAUUCCUGCACACAAAUAAAUCUAGUUCCCUAUCAACGAACGCCGCCAUUACAAUGCCGGGAUGUAUAGGAAUACAUAAGAAUAAUUUUGAUUCGCUGGUACAAAGUAAAGCCAGCCAAUUGUGAGGCUCGAUUUAUCAGGCCGAUGGCUCGGACUUACGUCUUUCUCUCUAAGUCAACCUUGGGCCGAUAGAUCGGCCCUCACGUCCCAAGAAGGUUAAAGCAAAAGAUUUAAAUCAAACCUCAUCAAUAAUAAAACUAAUGUUUACUAAAAGUCUAUGUCAUUUUUAUCUUUUUUGAAAACAAUGAUUUUAAGUUUGAAAGUUAGAACACAAAUAAAAGCUUGAAAUGAACAUAAGAAUAUUGAAUAUAGAAUAAAACAUUUAAUUUUUAUUCCCGCAGAAAGGAUAACAAGGUUAUGUUAUUGCUAGAAUAAAAAAAUUCUAAUAACAUCAAAACUUACUACACAUUCUAACAACAUUACUAUGGUUAUUAUUCAUGGCAUAACUUAAUAUUUAAAUAUUAAUAUUUAACAAUAGUUUUUAUAGCUAAAUUGUUUAAAUAAACUUCUUUCGGCAGUACAUGUCAUAAAGGAAAUUUAAAUUGUACUGCUGACCCAAUUAUCAAAGGUAAGCCUUAAAUUACAUUAACAACUGAAAUUUAAAAUAUCUACCUCUAUUUUACAAAGUGUACUAAUUGCAUCUGUAAGUUUAUUCAUUUAGUUUGGAAUAAUAAAUUUAUAAAAUGAUUUCUCUUAUUUGAAUUAAAGACAAGUUCACCACUUUUUAACAAAUUACAACAAAUUAAAAGUGAAGUCAGAAAAAUCGUUUCAGAUUAAGCUUAUUCCCAAUUGUGAGAUAGAUUUCACUCCUUUGAUUUGUAUUUUACAAGUUGUUUUUUUUAAUUACUGGUCGAGGCAACGAUAUUUUAUUUUCUUAUUUCCAAUUGUUGUAUUUGUAUUUGAUUCUUACAAUUGAUUUCAUGAAAAUAUGGCUUACACUGAUGAAACUAAUUGUUUUAAAAAAUAAAUUAUACAAAUUAAUGUUAGGGAUUACAUUUUCAGAAGCAUAUUUUCUUUAUUUAAUUUUUUAAUUUUGUAAGUUAUUUCUCAUGUUAUAAUUAUUAGGAUUCAACAAAUAAAGGACCAAUAAAAACAUAAUCUUAAUUCCAGACAAUGCACUGUGGCAGUCAUGGGGUCCAUGGAGUCCCUGCAAACAACACUGUAAGCUUUACUACCAGAGCAGGUGCAGGGCCUGUAGAUCUCUAUGUGGUAAAGCACUUUGUCAUGGUGGUCAAUGUGAAACAAGGUCUUGUGGACCUGAGCCAUGUAAGUACUUUGUACUACCUAAUUAGUGGAAUCAAGCCAUUAAGUACUUUGUAAUAUCGAAUUAGUGGCCCUAAGUCCAGUAAGUACAUUUUAAUGCCAAAUAGACUUUAAUAGUGUAACUGAACCAUUUGAGUACUUUGUACUGCUAAUUAGUAGAUGUGAACCAUAUAAUUAAUUUGAAAUGCCCCAUUGAGACCGACCAAAUUUCGGCUUCGGCUUUAGUUUCAGUGCGGAAAGUGGCCAUUUUAUCACUUUCAGCCAAGUUUUGGUUUCGACUGAAACUGAAAGUUAACUUUCGGCUUAAUUUCGGUUUCGUCCGAAAGAGAAAAGUUAACUUUCUUGUUUUUUUCAGUUUUGGUCAAAAUUGACUUGGAUUUUCAGCCAUCCGGCCGCAAGUGAAUAAGAUUUUCGGUCAUCUAAUACUCAGCGAAAGCGAUAUUUAACAACAAACUAAGCGACAUUUAAGAACAACCUAAACGAUCUUUAAGAACAAACUAAACAAUAUUUAACAACAAACUAAGCGACAUUUAAGAACAAACUAAACGAUCUUUAAAACAAACUAAGUGAUCUUAAGAACAACCUAAGCAAUCUUUAAUAAAAAACUAAACGAUCUUAAAGAACAAACAAAGCGAUUUUUAAGAACAAACUAAAUGAUCUUUAAGAACAAAACAAAUGAUCUUUAAUAGUAAACUAAAUGAUUUAUAAUAAUAAACUAAGCAAUCUUUAACAGAAAACUAAAUGUUCUGUUCUUUAGGAACAAACUAAAAGAUCUUUAAGAACAAACUAAUCAAUCUUAAGGAACAAAAUCAAUUAUCUAUAAGAACAAACUAAGCGAUCUUUAUGACAAAAGUAAACGAUCUUCAACAACAAAAUAAGCGAUCUUUAAGAACAAACUAAACGAUUUUUAAUAACAAAUUAAAAGGUCUAUAAAAACAAACUAAAUGAUCUUUAAGAACAAACUGAAUGAUCUUUAAGAACAACUAAGCGAUAUUUAAGAACAAAAUCAAUGAUCUUUAAGAACAAACUAAGCGAUCUUUAUGAAUAAACUAAAUUAUCUUUUAAUAACACAAGAUCCUUAAGAAAAUACUAACUGAUCUUUAAGAACAAACUAAAUGAUCUUUAACAACAAGAUGUUGUAUUAGGUGUUUAUUUAUUAAUAUUCAAGAUUAUAUCAUUUUUUAUAAAAAGAAUGUAAAUAUUUAUAAUUUCCCCCAUCAUUUUCGAUGUAUGCAGAAUGUAUGGAGGAACAAAUUUCAAAAUAUCUAAAUAUUUCGGCUUUGGUCAAAAGUCAUUUUUAACUUUCAGCAUUUUUUCGGUUUCGGCCGAGUCAUUUUUAAACUUUCUGCCUAUUUUCGGUUUCGGCCGGAAGUCAUUUUAAACUUUCAGCCUAUUUUCGGCUUUGGCCGAAAUCAGAAAAUCACUUUCGGUCGGUCUCUAAUGCCCCAUUAGUGAACAAUGUAAGUUCUUUGUACUGCUGACAUUAUCCAGUUGGAUGACUUAAUAACCGUUCACUGUCCAUAUUUAAUUAAAAAUAUAGUUUGACUAUUUCAUUUCUUUAUACAGGCAAAUUAUAGUUGCUUAUUCUUAUUAUUUUUUCCUCUACAGCUGUAGUAAAGGGUUAAUUUCAGAAAACAGCUCAUAAUUUGAAAUGGAUUCUGCUUUACUUGAUUUAUUUUAAUACACAAUUAUGUUAUUUAGCAGAGUUGUUUCCUGGAUAUACUUUUUGAAGGUUGUGAUGUCUUUAAAUGGAGUGAAUGGGGUGACUGUACUAAUCGAUGUGGUGACUUCAGAGGACACCGAACUCGGUUUCGCAUCUAUCCUUUUGCUGCCACUUGUCCUGAUGUUGCAGAAACUCAAGCCUGUGAAAAAUGCAAAUGUAAGCCACUGUUUCUAUUUAUUACCUCUUUAGAUACAGACCAUCAUUAUUGUCAUUGGUUUGUCACCCUUUUGUACAUGAACAAAAACAGUGAGCAAAUGUUUGAGUAGCUUUUUAGCAAUCUCAAUUUUUUUUUAUUUGUUUAGAUUAUUAUUAUGUUUUAUAAUGGGAUUUAUUUAUUUAUUGUCUGUGAUAUUAAAGAUUCACCACACACAAAAAUAAAAAGUCCUCAAAGAAUGAAAGAAAAUCUUUAUUUUAUGCUACAUAAUUAUCAGACAGAAUAUUUAUUGUCUUGCCUUAACACAAAGGUCCUGAUGAAGAUGAGGAAUCACUCACUGAAUGGUCAGAGUGGACAAAAUGUUAUGCAGAAGGUCAGACUUGUGGUUGGGGCAAGAGAACAAGGAAGCGAAUUUCAGCUAUAGAAAACCCAGAAAUUCAGAGAGAAGACUGCUUUUUAAGACCAUGUGGUGAGUAAAACAUUUGUGGCCAUGACUAUUGUAUUAUGCAAGGCGUCGUGCAAAGAAAGAGAGACAUUUUAGAAACAACAUCUAACAAAUAAUCUAACAGCAAUAAUGCAAUGCAACAUUUUAGUUAUUCAAACAUUUAUCCUAAGAAUAUUAGAUCUAGGUCUUUCUAAAUAUAUUUCGACUGAUUGCUGUAAAUACUUGACAUAUGCCCAAAAUUUCAGGGGAAUCAGUGGGAUGGUAGGCUCUUGAGAAGAUCAUAGAAGAUCUUAUGUCAUUUUCUCCAGCUAAAUUAAACAAUGAAAUUGUUAUGGAAGAUUGAUGAGACUUCGCCGGUUUGUUGAUGAGACUUUGCGUGUUUGUUGAUGAGACUUUACGUGUUUGUUGAUGAGACUUUGCGUGUUUGUUGAUGAGACUUUGCCGGUUUGUUGAGUUGUUUAUUUUGUCUGCAUGGGCAGAUCAGUUCUGGGAGAUGUGUAAAUAUAAUAUAUUGUCAGCGAAAAUUUGUCACUGAAUAUGAUAGCAAUAAUUAGAAAUUAUUUGAUAUAUUUAUUUAUAUUUGCUUCAGUGCAACUUGCAAGUGCUAUGAAAAAUCUAUGCAAAAUCUAGCAUUGUCAAUAGAGCAUUCCAAAUGUGCAAUGAUUUUUAAAAGCAAAGGAUAUUGUUAUUUGUUUCAAACAACCAAAGUCCUCAAUAAAUGUGUCAAUGUUCACAUUUUUUGCAUCUUCUUGAUGGCAUGCGAUUACCUGCAGACCGCUGAGUCGUGUAUCUUCACAUCUAUUUCUUUGUUGUGUUUUUACUGUUUUUAUGCAACUAAAAAAAAAACAAUCGCUGCUUACUGAAGUCACCGAUAAUAAAAGGACAAGGACAAUUACUUUCAAUUAAACCAUGUGGAAGGUGAUGCAAGAAUGUUUGAAGUUGAUGAAUUGUCACCAAUUUUUUAAAAAAUGAUUUGAUGAAAGAAUUUGCAGAAGAUACUGGUGUAUGAAUCAUUACUGUAGCAAUACGUUUAGUAGGAUAUAAUAUUUCACAAGUUCAUGGUAUGCAGGCAUAAAAUUUUGAUGAACUUGGGUUUAAUGCAGACACACAUUUAAGAACCUUACAGUUAACUGUUAAUCGAGCACAGAGUUUGGGGAUGAACUUGUCAAAACAUGCAAGAAGGAUUCCGGUGUGCAUUGAAUCCUCAUUAGUUAGAGCCAUUUCCAUUACCGUUUUUACCAGUUUUGACAGCACAAAAUAUUUUGAUAAUUUGUUUGACAUCAUCUGAGCUCUUUGUGGCCUUGUACUGUAGUAGUUAUCGUUCAGUGGAAUUCCAAUUUCAACUCCAAUUCCAUCAGCUUCUUUCAAUAAUGAAUUGGCUUUCCCCCCCAAUAACUUAAAGACAACGCAGAAAAGAUGUUCAAUUAAUUUGUUUUUGCAGCUUUCUGCUAUUGCUCAAGUGUCAGCAUUCUUAUGUACUCCAAAGGCUUCCAAUGCAUUAACAAUUAUUUGAAUUUCAAGCUUUAUUUGCGUACAGGCCCAUACCAAUAAGACCACCAACCAAUUGUACAAACACCAAGAACUCAUCAUUAUCCUCAUUUUGUGCUUGCACUGAUUGUAUGAUGGAAAGAAUGUCAAUGACCUCCUGUAUAUUUUCAAUCAAGUUGACUAAGACUCCAUUUAGACGAUGGGCAUGGCAGUGUAUGUAGAAUACCAGUGUUGAUAUUUCUUUAAUUCUUGCCUGAACACCUCGAAGGCUGCCACUCAUGACCAAAGCGCCGUAAUAGCAUUGGGCAAAACAUUUAUUCCAUGUUACUUUUUUUAUUAAAUUUUUUUUGUUGAUACUAGUUGCUAGCGACUGGGCAUGUGGCUUUCCCCAAACUGAACCCUAUGGUAAAGUGGAUCUGAUGAUGGAGCUCAGUUGUUCUUUGUGAGAAAUAUCUUAACAUUCAUCGUCUUUCAUUGCCCAAUAUGGUCCAAAUAUGUGUCAGCCUUUUUUUUUCAUUUUUACAAAUGCAGAUACCUUCAAAUAGUUCUUCAAGUAUACAGGUUAAAAGUGUUGCAUUGUACAUAUUUGUAUAAUAGUGAAAUAAUACAAACAGCCUUUCCAGCUGACACAUUCUUUUCUAACGUCCACAGAUCAGAUCCAUCUUUGUGCUUGCUACUGGACUCAUAUUGUGUCAACAAUUCUUUCAUAUCUUUCCAUUUUCUGAAUCCUUAUUCUUUUUUCUUUUCCUUAUUUAUUUCUUGCUAAGUUUGAUUUUCUGUCUGCUGUCAAAGAUACUGAUACUUAGUUACCUAGUACAUUUUUUUCCCUACAAAUUCACACUGUUGUAGGGGUGGAGCUGCCCUACCCAAAUGAUGACCCAAGACGCAAUUGGCUCAACAUAAAGAUAGUGAAUAAUUAAAGUCAAUUACAAUGUUAGCAAGAUUGGCCUUAGUAUUUCAUCCUGCAUAUUCUUUCGUACCGUAUUUAGUGGCAUUUAUUUUCUAAGCUCGGCUUUAAGCUAGUUAUACACUUUUCAGGGUUUUCCCAUCCAAAAAUAUUGGCAUGAGCUUAUUUGGCAAUAUAAUAACUAUUAUGGUAGUUUUAUUUUUUUGUAUCUGUUGUAUCAGAUAUACUGGUAUAUUAAUUUCUAUUAAUUAGAUGGGGGGUUUUAUACAUUUGUGACAAACAUACCAAAAUAUGGUCAGUUAGUUUUUGGUAGAUUUUGGACAUGUGAAUAAAUUAAAUACAAACUUCACUUGUUGUUCGUCUGUCGAGGAUCGACGAUGACCAUCGAGUCGUCCGGUGACUGAUGACUUGUGCGGGUGACUUUUGUUUAAAGUGAGGAAGAGAUGCGCGGCGUCAACCUCACCCUCUCGUCCGGGCCCACCAUAUCCAGUGGCAAGACUCUACGUCAAGACGACCAGGGAUGGGUAUGGUUGCAGGAAUUGUCAUUGUAUGCACCUGACGGGACUCCAACUCCGAGUUUGAAUUCAGAGUUUCCUUCUCUUAGAUGAGUUGCCAACCAAGGUUAAUGAGUCUCAUCCACCCGGGGUGAUGUUUUUUUGUCUUGACCUGCCUUUGGCUGGAAUUGAGGUUUGCUCAGUUUAGACCAUUCGGCCACCCAGUCACCCAUGCAGUGAAUGACCACGGCGUUCUACGUGUCUGGCCAUGCUCUCAGCGAUUCACACCACUGUGCUGUCUCCGCCUUUUGUCCGUUGACCAAGUAGUGGUUCUUCCACACAAUUUGCCAGAUUCAGUCUUUACAUGCUAUGGGGGACAACCCCUUUUUUUCUGAAAGUUCUAUGCCUUUCGGCUACCCUCAACCUGGAAUCGUUGUCUGGGUUGUGGUUGCUGUGCAUGUUACAACUUCUUGGAACCACAGGUGAGAGGUGAGUACAGAGAGUUCCGGCUGUUUCCGAACAAGAUGGCUUCUUCCUAUUCAGCCUAACAGUAGAACUAUAUUUUAGUUGUAUUUAGAAGGAGAAAUACGUUGAUAAAAGCAUAAAUUCUGAUCCUGAAUGAAAUCGCAAAACAAUUAAAAUUAAUUAAAAGUUCAAAUUUUCUUGCGCCGAAGCCAAUUUCCAAUAAUCAUUUUUAACUAUCUCCCUUGCUUUACUGAUGCGCCUACACACUGAGAUUCCUUCCUUUUGUGUAUUAUUAUAUUGCCAUCUUGUUGUAGCCAGAAGUUAUCCUUUGUAUAGUGACUUCACAUGACUUCAAAUAGGAAUAUACAGUUCUAAGGUAAAGCAAUCCCACAGGAAAAAUCUUGAUAAGUGAUGUCCCCUCCUUUUUCAGCAGACGACUAUUUAAGACAUUCACCGCUUAAAAAUCAAAAGUAGAAUAAUUUUUUUUAUGUAGGAGAUUUAAAGGACUUGCAAGUCUACUACCCUUUCUGAUAGUCUGAAUAUUUUCAAAGUGAGACUGAAGGAUAACUUGAGAUUAUUGAGUGCAUUUCAGUGUGUCCGAUACAGGCAGAAAGGAUUAGAAGCUUGGAUUGUUUAUGCAUUACAACCUUUAUACCACUGCAGAAUGCCCAAAGCACCUGACAUGGUCAAAUUUUAGCUUGUGCCAGAGAACUUGUGAGAAAGAGCCUUCCCCUGAAUGUUACCUACAACUAUCUGGUGCUUGUGUGUGUCCCUCCCAUCUUGUUAAUGAUGGCAACAAAUGUAUACCACUUCAAGAAUGCUCACUAACCUGUGCUUACGAGGAUAAAACAUACCAGGUAAUAUUAAGUGAAAUGCUCACUAAGCUGUGCUUACGGGGCUAAAACAAACCAGGUAAUAUUAAGUGAAACAUAAGCUUAUUUAGCUUUAUUUCAACAAAUGUUUGAGAAACUACUUCUCUUAGAUUUAAAUCAUUUAAUAAUUCAAUAGAAUUUAUUUAUUUUUAAAAAAUAAAUUGAAUCUGUAAAAUAUAUUGAGUAUUUUGGUGAUAUUCCACGAAGUUAUUGAAUAACUAUUUAAGGUCUUAAAAUAAAUAAAAUUAGUAGCCCCAGAAAUAAGCCACUUCUGAAGAAAAAGAUUUUAUCCAGUAAAAUUACUUGUUAAACAAAACUUUAAACCACUUAUGAUUUAUGUUAAAAAAAACAUAGGUAGGUGAAACUGUUCCAUGCGGGGACUGCCACGUGUGCCAAUGUGGCAGAGCUUUUGUAUUCAAGCAGAAGAAAGUCUGUACAGAUAUCAAACAGUGUAAUCUGGUAUGAAAAGUGUUUUCUUGUUUGUUUUGUCUUAACGAUUUAAAGAAAUAAAUUUAGCGUCUUACUUCUUUGUAGAAAACAUCCAUUUUACAAACAAUUCUUUGCUUUGGCUUGAUAACACAACAAUAAAGUCCCUUUUCAGACCACUCAUCAGCUUGUCCCAUCCCAAGACAGUUGCUGUGUUAUUGACUGUGUUGCCAAGGAAAUAUGCAAGGUGCACAGAUUGCCUCCCAGCUACGUCACCAUUGACGACUGUCGAUCACUUGUCAAAGUGCAGCAGGAGUUUUGUCAAGGCCCGUGCUCGGCAAGUUCCCAGUUUGUCAACUAUCAAACUAAACGGCUGGAAAUGAAAAGCUGUUCAUGCUGCGUAGGGACCGUCAGCAGUUUUCAAAAGGUUGAUUUCAAAUGUAGCGACUCGUUCCUUGUGACACACCAACUACCAAAGUUGGACUGUUCGUGCACGGCUUGUAAUGUUAAUUAGCAUGGUUAAAUGGGGCGUGUGAUAACUAGCCUUCGACCCCUGCAAAUAUGUUGCAACAAUUGUCUGCUGCAUGUAAUAUGCACCUAAAGUUUUACAUAACUAAAGGAAUAAUCAGAAAGAGAUAUUUCAACAAUUAAAUAUUUGCACUUGCAAUUCAACAAAUCUAUUUAUUAAAACUACAGGCAGUGCUGCUAUUAAAAGUCACUGAGCCAUAAACUUCCGUUGUUUUUUCUUUAAUCAAGUUACAUUUAAGAAAGUAGACCAAGUUUACACACUCAAGUUUAAACAACCAACAGGCAAUAAAACCAAUCCUUUAUCUUUGUUUUCUAGCAUCUAAUGAUUAUUUUAUUGUGGAAAAAAAAAAAAAAUCUCCCACAUCAGUAUUCCAAAACAUCAACAUUGACAAGAAAAUAAAC